AUGAAUCAGAGUUCAACUGCCUUGGGAGGUUCGCUGGAACCAACCUCACCCCGUGCAGAUCAUCAAAAAGUUCCUUCGGGGACUCUGAGUAGAGAUCCGCACCAGGUUGGAGAUCCUCACCUUCUACUCCAUGACCGAGGCGUAGAAGAGGAGAGUAAGCAACCUCGGUCCUCCACCAAGAGCAAGGAGGCAGACAGUGGGAAGCGCAAGGCCGAAGAGAGAUCUUCUUGA